UGUCAGUAAUGAGACGCCGGUUGGCAUAAGGAGGAGACCAAACACUGAGAGCUCAUUUGGAGAGUGGAAAAAACACACGAAAUGUCAUUUAAAACGCUUUCAUUGCUGUCUGGAGAUGUCGACAACCUUCGGAAAAGAUCAGUGGCUGGAUCAACAGAAAACUGUUGCGAUCCUGAGAAUCAUCAGCAGUUUGCACGGCUGCAGAUCCAGCCUGAGAGGCUGUUUGUUGGGCCCCAUCAUCCAGAUGUGGGAGCACUGGCGACCCCCUCCCCCGACGGUUCUGUUCAUCACUUCUGCCAGUUCACGCCAAAAUGCCUGCUUGCCGUCUCCAGAGGAACACAUGGGAACUCUCCCCUAAGGCAUGGAGAGGAAGGAUGGCAUGAUGGCACCUUGAGGACGACCAUCAGAGUCGACAAUGAAGUGGAAGCACACAGAGAGGCCAACAACUACAAGUUUGGAUUUAGAAAAUGGAAGGGCAAUGUGACAGAGAAACCAAUCGAAGACCGAUCUGACAUCGACAAAGAACUGCACACCGACCUCAGCAUUGUGAAGAACACUGAAGCUCCAGUGGUCAGCGUUGGAAACAUAGUGUAUGUGUUUUUAUUUGGCUGGUGGAUCUCCUUAAUCUACCUGCUCAUUUGUCCUGUGAUGUUUCUGACUGUCUUUGGUGUCCCUUAUGGUAAAGUCUGUUUAAAGUUGGCCUGGUAUAUAAUUUGGCCAUUUGGAAAAUCUGUACAAAGGGCUUGUCAUUUAGUUGACAUGUCUGCCGUGAAGCCGACAAACUGCGACAUUGUUCCACAAGAGCAUAAGGAUCUGGUUGGGGACAAAGACUGUGCACCUCUUCUGGUGUCCUCCCCCCUCCCUAUUAAGAUCCCCGUUCCAACUCUUCCUCCAAGAAAAACCAGAAAGCACUGGUGCCGCGUCAGCACUUUCCUUUGGUUGUUGCUGGGUUACCCUGUACUGGCUGUGGUCCAUUGCCUCGCAUUUGUCCUGUCCUGGCUUCCAGUCUUCACCAUCCCCAUUGCAAAGAUGAACAGCCGCAUCCUAACCACUGUUCUCCUCAUGGCCCCAGAAGACAUCGAGAUCCAUUCAGUGGACAAGAAGGACGCGUGUGAGACAAGAGUUGUCUUGUACUGUUAUCAGGCCUUCAAUGUGUAUUACUACAAAUACACAGUCCAAGGGAUCAACAUCUUUGCUCUCAACUUGCUACCUUUGGUAUUCGUGACUGUAAUCGCUGGCUACACUGACCGAGAGCAUGAAUACUUCAGUACAGAGACCAUGUUUACAAUAGCCAUCGUGUCCAUAAUUCCCCUGUCCUACUAUAUUGGCAUGGGAAUUGCAAGCAUUUCUGCACAGAGUAACUUCGCAGUGGGGGCCGUAGUCAACGCAACGUUUGGUUCCAUCACAGAGAUGACCUUCUACAUCACGGCGCUGCUUCGGGGGCAUCGCGCCGGCAGUAAUUGUUACGAGGAGAUCGUCAAAUCUGCACUGGCUGGCACUCUGAUUGGGUGCAUUCUGUUCAUACCUGGUAUUUGUAUGACUAUUGGAGGAAUCAAACACAGUGAGCAGAGAUUUAACAGUCGCUCGGCCGGAGUGAGCUCAGCUUUGCUCUUCAUAUCCAUUGGAGGUGUGUUUGCACCCACCCUUUUCUCAAAGACCUUUGGUAACCUGGUGUGUGAAAGCUGCUCCAGUACUCCUGGUAAUGGCACCGUACCAUUCACCUGCAAGGACUGCCACUAUGAAACGACUACAGCUGACCCACAUUUAAUUCUGUCCCAUAUUGAGCCUCUGGUGUACACCAUUUCCGUCCUGCUGCCUGCUUCCUAUCUGAUCGGGCUCAUCUUCACACUCAAGACCCAUGCACACAUUUAUGAUAUCCAUGUCAGCGACAGUCAUGGGGGACAAGCACACGGUCAUCCUGUUGUCCACUGGUCCAGAUGGAGGGCUCUCGCAGUGCUGAUUUUUGCCACAGUGCUCAUGGCCAGCUGCGCGGAUCUUUGCACUGUCAACAUCGAGCCCAUCCUGAGUCAUUCCUCCAUCUCCCAGUACUUCAUCGGCGUCUCCGUAUUGGCAAUGGUGCCGGAGCUUCCUGAGAUUGUCAAUGGGAUCCAGUUUGCACUGCAAAACAAUAUCAGCUUGAGGUUUUUUGUUUGUUUGUUUUUGUCAUGUCUUGAAGUAGGCAAUUGCAUUGCUGUGCAGGUUUGCAUGAUACAGAUUCCACUUCUUGUCCUGUUUAAUGCUUUCUAUGAUGUGGGAUUUAUGCUUGUGUUCAGUGACAUUCAUCUUUGGGCCAGCAUCUUCAGCGUCAUUCUGGUGAACUACAUCUUCAUGGAUGGGAAAUGUGACUACUUUCAGGGUACAGCCCUAGUGGUGGUAUACUUCAUCAUUUUGGCCGUUUACUUCUUCGCUCCUUCUCCACGCUCAUGUUAAUCUGCAAAGAAAAGAAUGCAUCUGUUCAGUUUUAUGCCAAAAGAUCACCGUUUUUUUAUUUUCACUGGAUUUGGUUUCAGAGGCACAAAAACUGGGAAAUGGUCAGAGUAUUUAAAUCGUCUUUUCUGACCUACAAUUGAUACUGUACAGUUUGUUUUCUGAAACAUUUUUCUAGUGCUUUUGAAUCUUGGCUAUUGAUGUAAACUGUUGGAAUGUGAUUAAAUAAAAUGUAAUAAAUUCCUGAACAAAAUGUUAAGACAUUUCUAUUUUUGCACUGUAACACAUUUAGUGAAACUUUUCAUUGAUGAAAAAUGAUGUGGCUUUAACAAAUACUACAAAAUAUUGCAGUCAUCUAGAAGUAUUUUCAAAUGUGGGAACAAAACAAAAAAAAACAGUAAGUUGGUUGUGUCUACAUCCGGAGUCUCUAAAACUGAGAGAAACAAAGCUGAACAAGUACCCAAACUUGUCCACCUUCAUGUUACUUUUAAAUGUAUUUUCUUGCACACAUCUUAAGGAGAACGAUAAAUGUAAAGGGUGCUACUUGUGCUAAUUAGUCAUGUGGGCAAGACUAUAUUUGGACAAUACUUUUAUUGACAAUGUUCAUAAAAUCAGACUGUACAACUUUUUUUUUUUUUAAUAGGAAACCUGUAAAGCAUAUUUUAAAAGUAAAGAUUUUUUUUUCUUUUUUGAAAAGCAGGUACAGGCAUCAUGCAUUAAAAUCUGGGAAGGCAGUGCAGAAGUUUCAAAUAAGAUUAGUCAUGUAGGGGUCAAACCAAAGAUCUCAAAGUGAAACAAUAUUUGGCGUCUUUUAAAUAAACAUUAAGUGUCAAGAAUUCUUUUAGGGCAACAUGCUGCAGUCAAUUACGAGUUACUGACCUGUUUAUUACAGGGGAAAGAACAUGCCUUUUAAAAUGAGCACUUGUAUGCACUGACUGGAAUAUUUGAAGGGAUUAAACAUGCAUCUUAGAAAAAGGCACUGCAGGAUAAACGACUGUGCUACUGAAGCAGCUCUCAGUGCAAAGCCAUCUUCUUCAACAGAAGGUAAAAAGCAUCAUCAAACGAAUAGCUUAAGAUUCAAACAGCACCCAAUUCACAGUGAGGCGUAGUUUCACAAAUAAAGCUAAGAAUCGACACAAUCAGGGAAAUAACUCAAAUAUUCUCCUUCUUUUUAUGUUUAAGCCAUAAAGUAACAGGAAAAAAGGAACAGAGACAAAAAUCUAGUUGCAAAUGUUCUUGUCAUGGCAAUGAACACCCAAGUGUCUGCACAAGUUUUAGGUAAUUUGACCACAAAUGAUCUAAAACAUUUUAUAACAUUUCCGAGGCGAGAUAAAAGCUUUGUUCGUCCGUCCGUGCAAAUUUGCAAGAUAACUAGACUGCUGAAAUUUGCACGACUAUUACUUCAUCUGACAACCUAGAGCGGAGAAGAUCCCCUCAGGGGAAAGGACAAUAAGAACUGUAUGGUGUCAGUGUAACUGUGAAAAAUUGGCAAACCAAUGUGUCACCCUCUUUAGGCUGAAAUAACUAGCCACAGAUUAAUAAAGGAUCUAUUAAAUAAGAAAAUUACCAACAAGAACAUCAGAGGAGGGGAAAUGUGCAAAGAGCAAUAUCAGUUCAUGAUGGGGGGAAAAAAAAUAAAAAUUCCAGCAAAAAGUGAUCAAGUCCUUGAAAUAAAUAUACAUCCAUUAUUCCCUUCACUCUGAAUUUAUAAAAUAUCUGGAGGAUUUGCAGAAGUGAGAGUAAAUAGUAUCUGACUUUUCACAUGGCAAAAUAUAGUUUUUGUAUUGUUUUUUGUUUUUUUUUUUACAACUUGUCAGUUUGUUGGAAGAGGACAUCCACAAUUUAACGCUCUACAGAUGCAGUGAUGGCACAGGGAAUAGAAUAUAAUCCAUAAAACAUUCCAAAAAUAUUGACGCUCAUCCUCGUAUCUACAAAAAACAGGCAAAAAAAA